GAGCGUCGUUGGCCAGAAAUCAAGUUUCGGUGCAGUUUCGUUAUUGGUUUUGGCACACAAACGAGUUUUGCAUUGGCUGCAGCUACCUAUUCACCUGCCUAUACUCCUUCCUCUGGUCAGUUCUGUGGUUUCAAGUGAACGGUGUGGUCGCUGCCACCGAUUGCACUUGCAAUGACGAUCACGUCGUUUUCUUUGGUGACCAAAGGACCCGCAUUGGGCAUCCGUCACCUCCAGGUGCUGUUCCUCUUCACGUGCGCCACCCUGGUCAUGCUCCAGCAGAUGAACAUGAGCGUUGCCAUUGUGGCGAUUACGAAUUCCAACAGCAGCAAUCUAGACUAUCCAGAGUACCAUCUAACGGGGCAGCAGAAGUCGUAUAUUCUGAGCAGUACCUUCUGGGGCUGCUGCUUCACCCAACUGCUGGGCGGCUACUUCUCCAGCAGAUUCGGAGCCAAGAUGCUGCUUUUUGUGAUAUCGCUGGCCACCGGUCUCCUCAGCGUGGUCACGCCGUUCUCUAUUGCCUGGGGGGGCUGGAAACUGCUUUUUGGGGUGCGCCUACUGCAGGGCCUGGUCAUGGGCGGCAUGUGGCCCUGCCUGUACACGCAUCUGGCCAAAUGGUGUCCCAAAAAGGAGCAGAAUCGCUUUGGUGGCAUCAUGACGACUGGCCUGGACUGUGGUACAGCACUGGGCUUUGCUCUCAGUGGAGUCCUUUCCGCCUCUCACCUCGGUUGGCCCAGCUCCUUCUAUGUCCCAGGUUACGUUGGGAUUGUGUGGUGCCUGCUUUGGCUGCGCUAUGGCGCCAAUUCUCCCUCCGAAUCGCUCUUUAUUUCGCUGGCUGAGAGGAAAUAUAUUGAGUUGUCCCUGGAACAGAGUAAUGCCCCCAAAGGCGAGAUUCCACUAGUGCCCUGGCGUCACAUAUUGACCUCACGUCCGUUUCUCGUUCUGGCCUUCUGCAAGAUGAGUCAGGCCUGCAGCUUCUACACGCUGAUGCAGCAAAUUCCACGUUACAUUCAUGGCAUCUUCCGGUAUAGCAUUUGGGCGAACGCCUUGCUCUCCGCGCUGCCCUUUGUGAUCAUGCUGAUGUUUUCCUACUUUUUCAUCUUCCUGGCCGAGUAUCUGACGCAGCGGCGGAACAUUCCCCUGCCAAUUCUUCGCAAAACCAUCAAUUCGUAUGCCUCCUGGACUCCUGCCAUUGCUCUAGUGGCGCUCACCUACGUCAGCGACCAGAAUGUUGUUGGCAUCAUCUGUUGUCUGGUUGCAGCGGUGGCUGCCAUCUCUGGCCAGGCGAUUGGCUGCUCUCUCAAUCAUGUGGAUCUCGCUCCAAACUUUGCAGGGCUUCUGUUUGGCAUCAGCAACACUUUGAUGUCGGGGGCAGGUGUAAUAUCGCCGCUCAUCAUCGGCUUUGUGGUGACCAAUGAAUCGGAUCGUACGCAGUGGCGCUCUGUGUUUCUGGGAAUUGCCGCAGUUCUGUUUGUGGGAAAUUUGUUGUAUUUGAUUUUUGGCGAAAUGACUGUGCAGCCAUGGAAUGGACCCAGGCCCGUGGAGACAGGAACUGCAGUGGAAAACCAAACAGCAGAGCCUAUGCCAGCUCCAGAUGGGCCGCCUUCCAUGGAGAAAUUUACCUAUUUUUAGCACCACUUCGAUCCAGAAUGCAUACAAUUUUCACGCGAUUCAAACUGUUGAACCAUUUUCAUUCGAUUAAUGAACUGAUAUCGAUAGAA